AUGGAUCAAAAUGCGUUUGCGGACCCUCUGAGCGGCAGUGACAGUGACAGUGAUGAUAUCUUUAGCUAUAACGAACGGGAGCAACUACCGAUGGUUGUCGCCAGUAAAUCGGGCGACGUGGACGCCCUGCGCCGCGCCUUGGCGGCCGGCGGAGAUCCCGAGACGCUAGAUGGUGAGGGUUGGACCCCGAUCAUGAAUGCGUGUUAUGUAGGAGACCACUCUGAAAUGGUGUCAAUUCUGUUGGACGCGGGGGCGGAUCCGAAUGGAAGCGGUUUAUAUAAUUGGACAACCAAUCUUCACAUGGCAGCAAACAUGGGCAGAGUGGAAUGCACCGCGUUGUUGCUCAGCGCUGGCGCCUCCGUCCACGCCGUAUCAAAAGAUGAAGAUUGUAGAUCACCGGCAGAAGAUUUAUCGGAUUGUAGAUGCCGGCGCAUACUAGCCCUGCUUCUGCGCGCCGGCUCCCCGAUACCGCGGCUUUCGUUUGGUUCGGUAGCUGAAGGACGGUCAACCUGGCUGUGCAACGGUGAGACUCCGUAUAACGCGCAAAACUACCCAAUUAUAUGUGAAUACCGCGCCAAGGUCGUCGCGGCGGGCAGUUGGGCGGCAUACGAGCGCGCUCACCGCGCGCGCCUCACGAAGGUCCUGGAACCGAAAUUCCCCCAGAUCCCCGCGGAGAUCGUGCCCACGAUCGUCGCGUUCGCCUUCCACACGGGCUGGUACUAG